CUGAUUGUGCAUGUAAUCAUCAAGGCCUAGAAUCUAGACCUUGACCUAUUUCAGCAUUUGCCCGAUACCAGAUGACUAGCUCGUUGACUAUGUUCACGAAGAACCUUAUUAAAGGCCCACUUAGCUACUUGCUUCCUAUAUAUAGAAAACAAUGCCUAAUCGGUGACCAUUGGUCCCCCAUCGAUCAGAGCUGAAUUAAUCAGCCACCUCCCAGAAUCUUCCUAGCCAAGGCAAAAUAGGACAGACGGCCUUCAGUUUACACCAAGAAAGUGGCAGUCGAUAGGUUUCUAAAGAAAAUCUUCACAAGAUGCCAAAGCGGACUCCGAAGGGUAUCUUUGGUCUUCCAAGUAGAAACAUGCUCUUCUCCUUCACACCUCGUGUGGGUGAUGAAUGGCCUGAUGAGCAGGACGAUGAUGGUGAUGACUCGGACUACGAGCCUGGACGAGAUCUCAACCUAUGGUAGAAGACAUACCCAGAAGCUCUGAUAGUGACGUGUCAGAAGAAGGGACAUCCUUAGGAAAACGUAAGAGGAAAUCAAAGACACCUAAGAUCAACGAGAGAGAGAAGCCCAAGAAAUCAAAAUCACACAUGAAAAAGAAAAAGAAAGCAUCUGAAAGGACAUCUGAAGGGAGAGCAAGUGUUGAAAAGACUGUGAAGAGAAGAACAAUUGUUGAAUCCGGUAGGGAUAUUACUGCAGUGGGUGAAGGGGAUGAUCUAUGGGGCCAGAGACUGCCUGUGAUUGUGUUAGAGAGGGUUAUAUUCUUUGCUGUAUGUGAGACGGGUGUCGUUCCACUUCUCUGCAGAGUUUCCAAAGUGUGUCGUUUGUGGAGAGAAGCAGCCAAGGCAUCCUGCUUGUGGCAUCAUGUUGCCCUUGACAACGGACGGGUGAAAGCAACCGAUGCAACCCUAGAAUGGUUAACUGCAAACCGAAUCCCACCACAGCUCAAAACAAUCAACCUCAAUUCAUGGACCAAACUAACUGACAGGAGUUUUGUGGCUCUGGUUGAAGCGUGUUCAAACAUCCAGAAUAUCAGCGUUCAAAAGUGUGCCAAACUGACCAACCGCUCAAUAUAUGCCAUCAAAGAUCACUGUCCGAAUCUCAAAGAACUUGAUCUGGGUUUCAGUGGGAGUUCCUUGGCUUCUUCCCCCAGUGUAAGGGAUUUAUUAAAGGAGAGAGGAGGGACAUUAGAGGGGCUUCAAUUAGCUGGAUGUUCUAUCAUAAGUUCAGCUCAUCUUAUGAGCUCUAUCAAGUCGUUCUGUCACAAUCUUCGUCUGCUAGAUCUGUCAAAUUGUCAUGUGACCAUUGACUGUUUGAUGCUGCCAAUAGAAGAGAUGCAGAAAGGAUGUCCUCUCUUAGAGAUCUUAAGAUUAGCAGGGAUUAGGGUUCAACCUGCUAAUGCAUCAGCUAAAGCACAGAGGGAAGCAGAAGGAUUCAGUAAACUCAAAGAGCUGAGUUUAGCAGUAGCCGAUAAUGUUGCCUGGCAGGUAGUAUUACCUACUAACCUAGGCAUCAGUGAUGAUUUCCUACGCAGAGUUCUCAGGAAUUCACCAUAUCUCAAGCUACUUGACCUCAGAGGAUGUACUUUGAUUAAAGUGGAAACAUUACAGGACCUGAAUGUUGAAAACCUUGAGCAGUUGUACAUAUCUCGCUGUUCCUUCACAAGAUCUCAAGGAUUUGAUGGCAUGAUCUCCUCUAAGUGGAGUCACAGUCUAAUUGAGCUGGACAUAUCUUGGAACAACUAUUUCGAAUCUUGCCGUGAUGAAUUCAUGAAGUCUUUAUCCUCAGCUCAUCAUCUUAGAACCCUAGACCUUAGUGGAACCAGUGUAACAGUCAAUGGUGUCAGAUCCAUCCUAAAGGGCUGCACAGCUCUGGUGUCAUUGAAGCUUACAUCGUGUCGAAGUCUGCCUAGAGGAUGCAAGCGCUGCUAUGAAGGAAAAAGCCUCAGGAAAUUACUCAAAGAACUUCAGAAUGUCAAUGAUGCAGAUGGAGAUGAUUAGAAUGAUUUCUGUAAUAGUGUGGUAGACUUCUCAGGGAGACAAAGUGUUUAUAUAGAAGUCACGUUCAUGUAUCUUGUGACAAUGAUGUAAGCAUCAACAAAUUAUGCCAGGAACUUCAGAAAGCUCCUGAAAGCAGGCUUACCUGCUGCUAGAGAGUAGAGACACAUGUAGGGGAUUAAAGGUAAA